AUGCAUAAUGAGUUUUCAAUGACAUUUCCCGGUGUAGCAUUAGAUGAUUUUAAUAGGGUGGAUGACAUAAGCAACCAUGGACCUCCGAAGGCGUAUUGUGAGGAUGGGUUUGAGAAGAAGCAUGGGCAAGUGCGAGAUGAGAUAUUCAACCAGAAUCAAAAAGCGAGGAGCGGGGAUCUAGCUUUGCAAUUUGCAAAAUCAGCGAUGCUUAAUCAUGUUAUGAGUGGCAGAUUCAUUUUGGCUAAUAAUGGAAGAUGGACACAGGCGAGUGAAAGUGUGCAGCAUAUGUUUGGCAGGAAAGGAUCAAAAGUAGCAAAAUUCCUCGGAGAUCAAGCAGACUCGAAACCGAGACAGGCAGGAACGAUUUCCAAGCUCGAAAGAAGGAAAGGAAAACGCCCAGUUGUUAACCCCCUUGACGAGUUAGAUACAUUGCAACUCGGUCUGGAUGGAAACUACAAUGUAGUCAAAGGAACAGCUGUGACAGCCAAAAACGGUGAGCUAAUCAACAAUGGACAAUGGCUUAAAUAUACGACUGAAAAUGAGGAAUGCUAUGGAGAAUUCAUCGAAGGAAUCAUUUUAGAGAAUACAGCUGGUGGAAUAAAUAAGAUCAAAAUAAUAAAAGGAACUGUCAGAGAAGAGAAGGUUUUGGGAUGCAUUACUAUUGAACGGGGGGAGGAAAGUAUAUAUGUAGAUGCUACAUCAGUCGUAUCUAGUGUUCAAGUCUUCCAUGACUGUUUGACUGGAAAUUGCAGAACAAUUGAAGAGGACAAGGUUAAGAAGGUUGAACAAGAGACCAUCGAGACGAAAAUUAAGAGAAUCAAACAUAGCAACUAUAAUUGCUUUAUUAUAAAUAAUUUCAAUUUGUGUUGAAAGUUUCAGUGAAUGUCUUUAAAGGUUGUACAUGAAUUUGAUCAAAUGUGCAUUUGAUAUGGAAAAUAUAAUCAGAGUAUAUUUUUUUUAGCUCACCUGAGCAGUAAGUGCUCAGGGUGAGCUGUUGUGAAUGCUCAGUGUCUGUCGUAUGUGCAUGCGUUUGUCCGUUGUCAACAAUUUCUUUCGACAUCUCCUCCUAAACCAUAGACUGGGUUUUGACCAGACCUCACAGGAUUGAUCCUUAGGUGGUCCU